AUGCCUCCAAAUUCAAAAGGACGACCUACCCAGCUAACCUCGAUUAAAAAUCCAGCAACAAUCAAUAAGACUUAUCUGGUCUUGUCCCUGAUGACGUUCCAACGGAUUACUCUGAUUCCAAACCGAGACAUUUUCAAGCUACACCCAUGGUCUCAUCCUGUCCCUUUCAUUGGGUUUGAACGCGGGCGAUCCUCAAGAGAGAGAAACCGUAAAGCAAUCAGAAGUUUGAGAGAUGCAUACGAUUUUGUUGGCCGACAGAUAACGGAACCACAUCCUGGUCACCCCCCUCCUCCAGCUGAACAGAACUUAUCCAAGGACUCUGAGCGACUGGUGGCUAUUCAAACAGAACAGAGGGGUAAGAUGACAAUAGGGGCUAUCAAUGAAUGGCUAUACCACCAUGGACCGGACUACGACGAUCGACGGGCCGGAGAGUUUUUUGAACCGACAAAAUUUGAACAAAACAGGGACAAGCUGGAAAAAUGUGUGGCACUGGUCUGCGAACAGAUUAGUAUGGCCAAUGACCAAUGUGGAAAACAAAUCUUGUUACCAUUAUCAUUGCAAUUAACGGGGGCGGUAGCCAAGGAGUAUGUCACUCCCACACUUUACCUCGAAAGAUGGACAUACGACCACAGAGGGGCCGCAAGUAAAGCCGGCGGCCACGACAAGCGGAACAAGACUAAUUUGGUCAUCAAAGCUUUUUAA